ACGAAACGAAUCGAGAACGUCGCAUUUCGUCUUUGUGUCGUCGUCCAUUUCCCAAAAAAUAUUUUUUUCUUCUUGAUUCAAUUUACGCUUGGUUUUUUUGGAUUCUGGGUCUGUGGCCAAAGUGAAAACGAGAAUAAUUUCCUCAUCGGAACGUCUCAAAAUAACAAAACAAAAUAAAAACGCGGAACAUUGCUAAUUCAUCAAAAUUCCUGUUUACAUUUUUUUAUCAUCAUAUUUCUUCCGCAUUUCCCUAUAAGUGGAAUUGAAUAAAAUAAUUCACAUCUCCAAAAAGUAGCAAAACUAAAAAUAAAAUGAAUCAUCUCAAAUGGAUGGGCCACACGGCAACCAUCCUCGACAUACAAAAGGCUCUCAAAAACGAUCCAGCAACCUGUGACGUUACAAUAACUUGCCGAGGCAAAUCUGUGAAAGCCAAUCGUUUUGUGCUAUGCUCCUGCAGCGAUCUAUUGCGUGACAUUCUAAAUGAUUUGCCUGUGGGACAGGAAGCCACCAUAAUAGUACCCGAUAUAAAAGGUUCACUUCUUGACAGUGUACUGAGCUUCGUUUAUAUGGGCGAGACGAGUUUGUCGUCGACUAAUCUUUCCGACUUUCUCGAGGCUAUUAAUGUGCUGGGCAUCAAGAGUGCCAUUAGUUUUGAAUGUGCAACCAGUUAUUCUGCAAAUAACGUGAAAUCGGAUAUUCCCGAGAUAGAAGAGGAACUUAUGGAAGCUGAACCGGAGCAAGAAAUAGUUGAGGAUAAAGAUGAAGAAGAGGACCCGCAAACAUGUGCCGGUGAUACAAGCGUGCGUGAGCUUGAAUUUCUCGAAGUCUACAAUGAACAAGACAAGAUCAGCUAUACCAUCGAAAAUAUCACUCCAAACAAUCCAAACGAAUAUAUUUUAACAGAAAGCUCAGGUACAUUUACUUUAACACCGAAUAUGAAAAUCGACCCCGCCGAAGUGGGUACAUUAGUUGAGAAGAACGAUGAAGAAACUCAAUUGAUGGAACAAUAUGUAAAUGAUCCCAUAGGUGACAGCAGUCAUUGCUCAAGCACAGACCAAAAAGACGUCAAACCCAAUAAAAAAUUAAAAGAUGAAUUCAGUGAAUUUCAAGGUCUAAGUCCGGAAGAUCGUAAGGAAAUAUCAAGAGCUAGUUUACAAAACUUCAACGAAACCCAAUCAGCAAGAGUGGAAGCAUUAGAAAAUGCUGUCUUGGCUGUUGUAGAUGAAGGUAUGAGCUUACAAAAAGCAGCAAUAAAGUUUAACAUAUCUAAAACUGUUUUGUGGAGAAGAGUUAAAAAGCAUCCGCUCUACAUGAAAACCACUCGUGAGAAUCCACUUAUAACGGCAGCUUGUGAACGGCUCAAGAGUGGUGACUCUCUAAAAAGUAUAAGCCAAGCCCUCGAUAUACCAAUGUCAACUCUACAUAGGCAUAAAGUACGACUGGCUCAGGAAGGCAGGCUCCCCGACUAUGUCACAUUUAAGAAACGAGGUCCAUUGUCAAAAGAAGUAUUGAAAGCAAAACUUAACAAAGCAGUGACUGCUUGUUUGGGAAAUGGAAUGUCUCAAAAUCAUGCGGCAAAUGUGUUCAAUGUUCCAAAAAGUACACUUUGGAGACAUUUACAGAAAAAAAUCUGUCGUUCGGCUGAUGAUCCCAAUAGUGUAUGCAUUAAAGAGGAAAUAGUUUCGCCAGAGAAUUGAACAAAAUAUCUAUAAUAUUAUUGAUAAGUUAUAUUUUUUUUCAGUACAAAACUUUUGUAUGGCUAUUCAUAGAAAUGUGGAUGCAAUUGUUUUGAUUUAUUACUUGGAUUAAAUUUAAGAAAUGAAGAGCUCCGUUUUGUAAAUAAUGUAUGUAUAAACUAUAAUAAAAAAAUAGUGUUUGACGCUAGUAAAUAAUAAAUGUCAAAAAGAAACUUCACUAAAACCCCAACAAAAAAAGGCAACAUGUACUAAGAAUAG